GGUUUGCAGCAAAGCAGGAUCAAAGGCGAUCUCUUUCCUUCUUUACAUCUCUUGAUCAUCAAAAUUCGUUGAUAAAUCUGUCGCUAAUAGAAACUUUUAUAAAACCUUUCGAUUCUUCGGCCAAAUUUUGUUCUUGAUUAUUGGGGGAAAUUGAAUUUUCUUCAUGAUUUGAAUUCUUUAUUCCGUAAUUCUUUUUUGGGGGGGUUUGUUCGAGGAAGAAUUGCGUUUUCUCAAAAGGGUUUCAAAAAUUGGGGAUUGAAAUGGAGUGCCAAGUCUGUACGACCUCAGGAGACUUGUCGUUCUUCAGCAAGGGCAGUGGAGGAGGAGGAGGAGGUGGUCGAUUGGUUAGUCAGAUCGAUGGUUUUAGUUACGAGAGCGAGCACGAUUUAGCGGCCAUGGUAAGCGAUUUCUUGGAGAACGGUAGUAGCGGCACUGAUUCACGGCAUAGCAGUGAUAAUGAAGUUGCCUUCUGCGAUCUUACUCAGCUUGCUGAUAGCGUUUUGUAUUAUAAACAUUCUGCUGAUCAAUAUGAGAAUGACUUGCUAUCCAUUGUCAAUUCUCUUCUUUUGUCCAUAAAGGACACAGACGAGGAUCUUCUUCAUUUAGCUAAUAAGUCUAAAGUGCUUUGUAAAGGAAGCUGCAUACGAUUUUCACUCGUGAAGCUUCUGCGGAUUUCUGGUUAUGAUGCUGCCGUUUGUGCCUCCAAGUGGCAAGCUCAUGGGAAUGUUCCUGGAGGUGAUCACGUGUACAUUGAUGUUAUCAACCAUAGGGAGAAUAGAAACUCAGAACGUUUGAUAAUUGAUAUCGACUUUCGGAGUCAUUUUGAAAUAGCGAGAGCAGUUAACUCGUACGAGCAGAUUCUUGAUUCUCUCCCAGUCAUUUACGUGGGUUCAAUUGGAAAGCUUAAACAUUUAUUGAAUGUAAUGGUUGAAGCUGCUAGAUCUUCCCUUAAGCAAAACACAAUGCCUCUCCCUCCAUGGAGAUCUCUUGCGUAUCUACUUGCCAAGUGGAAGUCUCCCCAUGAUAGGAAGUUCAAUCCAAACGGGUCUCAUUCUGUUCCUUCUCAACAUAAUCUGUGUAGAGAAGAUUUGGGGAGGCUGCAGUCCUUAAUUCAAUCUAAUAAGUGGCGAAAAUAGCAAGAGGAAGACGUGCAAAUCUACUAGGCGGACUAAGUAAGAUUCUUUCUUUGCUUAGCAUAUAUAUUGAGGGGAAGAAGUACGAGAUUUUUUUGAAAUUCUGGUAAGUCAUUUUUGCAACAGAAUAAAUAAAAUUCAUUACAAAACAACGAAUACUAUUCUAGUUUUAGUAGCAGUUAUGGCCCAUUCAAUAAGAGACAUGUUUUUGUGAUAACAUUUUACGGAAUUUUGUUUUUUAUUUCUUACCUGUGGUGAACUGAAAUGGUUCAUUUGAGAUAUAGACGACUUCCACAUUGAAGGUGGACUUCUGCGGCUUCUUUUUGUGUUAGAAAUUUUGGUCUUGUAAUGGGAAUAUUCAAGUUUUUCUGAUGAAUUUUGUUCAUUUAAUAACAACUCCAUGAGAUUUAAUGAUAUUUUUGUUACACUUUUGAUUGUGUCUUUUGUUUCUGGCUUAUGUAGUUGAAAUGGAUUUUGUAAGUAUGUUUCAGUUUGCAUAUUGAGAUUGUUGCUGUUUCA